AUGUCAACACCAAAGGCAGCUACAACUACAACUAAUGUUAAUGCAAAUAUUCCAGAUAUAACAGAGUCAUCAACUAUAUAUGUAGGUAAUCUAGAUCCAAGAAUAACUAAGCUAGAUCUUUAUGAAUUAUUCAUUCAGUUUGGUAAAAUUUAUAAGAUAAACUAUCCACGAGAUAAGAUUAGUGAAAAUUAUCAAGGUUUUGCAUUUGUUGAGUUCCAAAGUGCGAAGGAUUCUAAUUAUGUUUUAUCACUAUUUCAAAAUAAUAAUCAAAAUAAUUAUAACAAUCAACUAUCAAUAUCACUGUAUGGUAAACCAAUUAAAAUAAGACCACAAAAUAAUCAACUAAAAGAUAAAAAGAAUAAUCAACAGUUUAUAUUGAAAAAGAAUAAUAAUACACAAGUUGAUGUUAAUUUAUUACCCGUUGCAAAAUUGUUUUUAAAAGGUUUAGAUGAUACUGUAGAUUUAAAUCAAUUGAAGAUCAUUUUUAAUAAGUUUGGUGAGUUGGUAAAAGAUCCUGAGCUAGUUCCAUUAAAAUCAAAUGCACAGAUGGUUGGUAUAUACAUUUACUUUAGGAGCUAUACGGAUUCAGAUAAUGCAAUUAAAAGUUUAAACAAAAAGUUCAUCUUUAAUAAACAAAUUCAAUUAGAGUAUGCAUUUAAAAACUCCGUUUCUGAUACAAUAUCUACAGCAUCCAAAAAACAAACGAGAUAUGGGGAUGAAAUUGAUAGGGUGUUGAAUGUUGAAGCUAUUAAGAAUGGACUAUUGUAA